GUGCAAGCCACAGGCUAACUGUAAUGACCUAGCUGGACUGGAUGGCUUCACCGCCCUAUUAAUGGUCUCAGCUCUCGGAUCCUCAACUAACUUCCUCCAAUCACCAUCCUGCUUUCUAAACUUCAGCCCCCAUCGACAUGGCUUUAGUAUCGGGCCCGGGGAGGGCUGGGGGUAGCCCCGCAGAUACUGAACUGCAUACCAUGAAACAUGUGACUUACAUCAAGAACCUGGACACAAGGAAGGAUGAACUGGAAUACUGGCUGACCGAGCAUCUUCGACUGAAUGGCGUGUACUGGGGUUUGACGGCCUUGCAUAUCUUGGGUCAACCAGAUGCCUUGCCUCGAGACCAGACCAUCGACUUUGUGCUGUCAUGUCAAAGCGACAAUGGAGGUUUCGGCGCGGCACCAGGCCACGACGCCCACAUGCUCUACACCGUCUCGGCUGUCCAGAUCCUCGUCACCAUUGAUGCUGUGGAUGAACUCGAGAAGCGAGGCCGAGGCGGCAAGGAGAAAGUUGGGUCUUUCAUUGCAAACCUGCAGAACGCAGAUGGCUCCUUCAAGGGAGAUCAGUGGGGUGAAACCGAUACCCGAUUCCUGUAUGGUGCUCUCAAUGCACUAUCGCUGUUGCGUCUUCUGGAACGAGUCGAUGUUCCCAAGGCUGUUGCUCACAUUCAAAGCUGUGAGAACUUGGAUGGCGGUUAUGGUAUCAGCCCUGGCGCCGAGUCUCAUGCUGGUCAGGUGUUCACUUGCAUCGGUGCCCUGGCUAUUGCGGGCCGCUUGGAUCUGGUGAACAAGGAUCGCCUAGGCGCCUGGCUCAGUGAACGACAGAUUGAGAGUGGUGGCUUCAAUGGCCGACCAGAGAAGCUGGCCGAUGCGUGCUAUAGCUGGUGGGUUGGAUCAAGUCUUGCCAUGAUUGACCGUCUGCACUGGAUCGAUGGAAAGAAGCUUGCUGCAUUUGUAUUGCAAUGUCAGGAUCCCGAUGCUGGAGGCUUUGCUGAUCGACCAGGCAACAUGGUUGAUGUCUAUCAUACACACUUUAGCCUUGCGGGGUUAAGUCUACUUAAGUUUGAAGGUCUUGAGGAGAUCGACCCUGUUUAUUGUAUGCCCAAGUCCAUCAUCAAAUAUCUGAGGUGAAACGUAUUGAAUUGCAUCUGUUUAUUACCCUCCCGCAAUCUAAUAACCCGUGAAUGUUCUUUUCCCAUGGACCACGGGAUACAAUGCGGGAGGAGAUCAAUAACCACUUUGACUUAUUCCGCUUCAUAUCCCCCCACAAUGGCCUAAGGCUGUUAAGACAUCGUGGUACAUACAAUAGGAUAGUGAAUUACAUUGACAAUAACAG